GAAGAUUGGCAUGGAUGUUAGCUCAGGGCCAGGCUUUCUUAGCAAAAAGAGGAGGACUGGCAAUAGUUAGCUCAGGGCUAAUCUUCCUCAAAAAAAAAAAAUUUAUUCAACCAUUUCCGUGUUGGUAAAAAUUUAGGUGUUUUCUUUGUCUUGGUUUUUGUUCAGAGUUUUUUGAUAUGGUGAUAAUUUUUAUUAGCUAGAAUUAUAAGAUAUAAAUAUAAAAAGUAAAACAAUAAAAAUUUUGGAAGAAAAUUAUAACCUCAGCCUGAGAGAAACUUUCUUAAACAAUACAGGAAAUAUAGAUGACUUAAAAGAAAAGACAGAUGUAUUGAACUUAACUGAACACAAAGGUAAACUUUCCUUAUGGAAAAAGACAAAGAGACAACCAAAUGGGAGGAAAUGUUUGUUUAAAAAAAAAGCUGGGUUAAUAUCUCUAAUAUAGAGAAAGCUUCUAAAAGUUGAUUUAAAAAAAUAUGCAGAGAAUAUGAACAGGCAAUUCAUAGAAGAGAAAAUACUAAUGACCACCACAUAUAUGAAGAGGUCCUCACCCUCACUAGUCAUGGAAACGCAAAAUAAAACAACAGUGAGAUCUAAUUUUUCACCCAUCAGAUUGGCAAAAAUGUAAAAGACAGAUAAUGCCUAGUGCUGGCAAGUGCAUGAGAAAAUGUACAUUAUCAAGCAUUCUUGUUGAACAUCUGAAUCUCAACCACCUUUUCGGAGAGCAAUAUGAUAAUAAUAGUACAAAAAAAAUAAUAACAGUAGAAAAAAAUUUUAACAUUGACAUUCUUUGAUCCAGCAACCCAACGUAAUUUAGAAAAAAAAAUAAUCUGAAAAUAUAGGCUUUCGUGUCGCCCUAUGUUUCUUCUCUUUUUGCCCCUCUCAUCUCUACAUCUCACUUGAUUUACUAUCUUACCUCCCAGCCAGCUGGACUCUCACGCCCGAGCCCUUUUCCACCUCCAUCAGACUCUAGUGCCUGGAACAAGUAAAUGGUCUUGGGGCCCUGGAAGGCCUGACUAGGCAUCCCCCUGUGCUUUCAGGAAAGUGAGGCCAAGGACAUCAGCAGAGCCAACAUUUGCUUCGAGUUCCUGGAGCCGCUGACAAUGUGCAGGACACUGAUGGCACCUGGCGGAGGCUGCUUUGCCCUGGCCAUUCUGCUGGCAAUUGUGAACAUCCAGCUUGGUGGAUGCAUGCACAUCCUCAGCUCAGUUUCCCAGGAAGAAAAGCGACUAAGCUUAAUCUGUACUGUGUGGUCUAAGAAAGAAGAGGCUGAGGGGGUUAUAGUGUUUUUGUGCAAGGACAGGGGUUCAGACUGUUCCCCUGAGACCAGCCUGGAGCAACUGAGACUUAAACGGUAUUCUGGGACAGAUGGUGUCAGUGAAAUAUCAUCUCAGUUGGUGUUUACCAUAAACCAAACCACGCCGACAGACAGUGGGACCUACCAGUGUUGUGCCAGAAGCCAGAAGUCAGAUAUCCACCUUCAGGGGCAUUUUCUCUCCGUUUCAGUCACAGAGACAGGGAACUACACAGUGACAGGACUGAAACAAGGAGGACACCGUGAGUUCAGCCAUAGUAAAGGCGCGUUCAAUUCAGGCCUCCUGCAAGAAAAGGUCUGGGUGAUGCUGGUCACCAGCCUGGUGGCCCUUCAAGCUCUUUAAGCCUUGUGGCAGAAGAAACUUUUUUUAAAAAGUUACAGCAAGAUAAAUCUGAUUCUCUUUAGUUUGGUAUCUUUCAUAUUACAAUACAUACAGAGAAGAAAAAAACAGGGCACAGGGGAAGAGAUGCUAAAUAUGCCAAGAAUCUGGAGAAUCUAAGGUGGGGCAAAUGAGUGUAUUCCUUGACCUCCCCUCCUCACUGCCAGAGCAAACCUGCCUUUCUUCCCACCUGUCACCAGCAAAUAAAAAGAAGACCUUUCACAAAAGUGGCUGGUGUACAGUUCUCACUCAAAUAUUGGAUAAGUAGGUGUGUUUUUGUAUCCCAGAAGAACUUGUCCUCCCUCCUUUCCAAAACAGUAAAAUAAACAAGCAAGUUAAACAAAAUAAGGACAGAAUUUUUUGGAAGAAAUUUUUAUUUAACAUUGUAAAGAGAAGAAAGAGGAAACAAGCAAAGAUAGGUAGGAGAGGAAAGGAAGAGAGUCAGACCCAGUGACUGACCUAGCAUGAAAAUAAGGAAACCAAGAGACGUUGGUGUUCAAGAGCAUCCACACAGCAGUGCUGGAGGAAGAGGAAGAUUUGUGCAGACCAGGUGCACCACAGAUCAUAACUGUCUAACUUCAACUAAGUACCUGUCAACCUCUUUGGUCAUUUCUCUUUCUUUUUAAAUAAAUGCCCAAAGCAGUAUCUGCAGCCUAGUCUUUUCUCCUAAAUCCAUAAAUCCUCUUUUUCUUUGAACAGAUGACCUCUUAUGAUAGUUAAGCAGAGAAGAGGGGACAGGAUAUUCCCAAUAGGAAGAACUGCAUAAAUAAAGAGGUAGGAACACAGACAAUUUAACUGGAGCUAAAUGGUAAGCCAUCAAAAAGAGACACCUUACCUGUGGAUCCUUGGCCAGGAUCUACCAAUUGUGGGAGCUAAGUCUGGUGGGAACAGAGAAAGAAAAAGCUGAAAGAGAUGGGUAAGACCUUUAUUAGUGAUGGUCUUGAACCUCAAACUCAAAGGAUUUUGGAUUUUGUGUCUUAUGGAGGUAAAGACACUAGACAUGGAGUUAAAAGACCUGCCUGGGUUCAAACUCUGACUCUGCCACGUGCCAGCUAUGCGUUGUUGGGUAAAUGAAGUUUUAAGAUGCUAUUUCUGUUUACGUAUCUGUAAACUGGGAUACCGCCUACCUUAUCCUCUGUUUCCAUAGGAUUGCUCUGAAGAUCAAAUAAGAGUCUGGAAUUUUUAAACCCAGAGCCAUUUGAAUCUUGACUCCAGAGUCUCCAAGGCUUUCUCCAUUAUAUUAUGUUAACUUUAAUCUUUCUCUAUUUUAUAUAUGUUAGUUUUGUGUUUCUAACUAAAUUUUAGCUCACAUGGGUGGAGAUGUCUUCUUGCUUUUUACUAUUCAAAGAAUCUUCUGAAACUACUCAACAUUAUAACCACUGGAAGUCUCACAAAGAAGCCACGUCCAAGUAUAGAAAAGGUUCCACCCAUUAUGCUAUACUAAUUAUAGUCCUCACGUAAAAAUCUGCAGAAGAGACACAUUUGCUGUCCAAGUUUAUCAAGACAUUCAAGAGCAUUAGACUGUUAGCUCUGACUUGAACCAAGCAGAAUAAACAAAGCAAAAAUAAGUCAAAGGUCCCACUUCUAAAGAAUUUAUUUAUUCUGCUUAUCUCAAGAACUGGUUAAACAUAAAUCUGAAAUACUUUCAUCUUGGCUUUCAAAACGUAUUGAUACCACUGAUUUCAAAUAACCCUACAAAUUUCCAUGAAUAGACAUUUUUGCAUGAAUAGACAGUUUUUGGACAUACAACUUAACCUCAAUCUAUAUGGUGAUUCAUAACCCAUGGAUUUUGAACCUCUAUGAGGCCAUGGAAUUAUUACAAGGAAUCUGUAUAAGCAUUAUCUCCAGUCUGAAUGAAUAUCUUACAAAUAUGUAUACACUGUAUUUCAACUGGAUGUAGAUUCUGGUGUGACAAAGUCAAAUUGAUUUAAAAGCAUUACUGAAAUCACAGCAGCUUUUUGAUGUAUCUUUUCAUCAAAAGAUACUAAAAGUACAAAUAUUAUCUUAUUGAGAGACAGUCAUAAUUUUUGGACCUUAAAAAUGGAAUAUCUUACCAGAAAAGAUAAAAAACCACAAGCCUACAUAUGCCAUGAUUCACAGAUAUAAAUGUACUAGCCAAGGAGCAGCCUGGUGGCGCAGCAGUUAAGUUUGCACGUUCCGCUUCGGCAGCCCGGGGUUCACCAGUUCAGAUCCUGGGUGCGGACCUACACACCACUUGAUGGGCCAGGCUGUGGCAGGU